AUGGACCAUCUCUUCCAGGAAUGCCCUGUAUCAAUGACAAUAAGGACAGAACUAUUAUUCCAGAAGCUUCUACAGGAACCUAAUAUGGAAUUUCUACAAUGGCUAACCUGGGUGUUUUCCCAGAAUAAUAUUUCCUUGUGUAGAUUAUUUUGUUGCGCGUUAUGGGCAAUCUGGGGAGAAAGAAACAAUAGAUUACAUAAGAAAGUUAGUAGAUCUGGGAAAGAAAUUGCAAAUUUUUUCCAGAGCUACAUCAGUGAGGUAGAUGGGAAUGAAAAAGAAACACAAAAAAUUACCCAAGAAGUCAGUAAACGGAAACAUCCACCUGAUCAGACAGUGAAGAUUAAUUUUGACGCAGCAUAUGAUGAAACAUCUAGUCAAGCGGCUUUGGGGAUAGUGGUUAGAAAUAGUGAAGGAAAGGCCUUAAUAUCUUGCUCAGAGAUUCAUCACCAGAUAGGCUCAGCUUUCGCUGCGGAGGCACUCGCUUGUCAUAGAGUAGUCCAAAUCGGGAUGGAGAUGAAAUGGUCCAAGAUCAUUAUUGAGGGUGAUUCAUUAUCAAUCAUCAAGAAAUGCAAGGAAAACAGAGAGGACAAAUCACAUAUCGGAGCAUAUAUACAUGACAUCGAGCAAAUAAUGUAUAGAUCUAGAAACUUAACGUUUGCAUAUAUCCCAAGAGUAGCAAAUAUGUUAGCACAUUUACUAGCCAAAGAAUCAAUGAAGAAAAGGGAGGAGAUAUACCUGGUGGAUAGUUUUCCUGAAUAUGCCGAAUUUCAGAGAGUAAAUGAUAGUGUGCGUGAACCGGAUUGA